UGCAUCAAGUCAUCUUUCAAGAAUGGACACCCAUGUUUUAUCUCGCAUUUUUCUCCUAGUUCUCUGCAUCUACAGCCUUAAAAGCAUGGUUGAUGGGGCUGGAGAAUGUGGGCGAAAUCCCCCGGAUAGAGAAGCCAUAAAGCUGGCUCCCUGUGCAAUGGCUGCACAAGACACAUCUGCUAAAGUGUCUCCAACUUGCUGUGCUCGAGUGAAACAGAUGGGGCAGAACCCGAAAUGCCUUUGUGCUGUCAUGCUUUCUUCCACAGCUAGGAGCUCUGGAGCAAAACCAGAGAUCUCAAUGACCAUUCCUAAACGCUGCAAUAUCGCUAAUCGUCCCAUUGGUUACAAGUGUGGAGCUUAUACUCUGCCUUGAAGCAGCAGACAGAGAUUCAGAGAGCAAUGGACGUGUUCUUCAAAACCAGUCUUAAUUAUCAUACACAGGUGUAUGCCUUGUAGUUUCAAUAAAAAAUUGGAUCAAAA